GACUCGCCAGAAACACGGGGCCACAAGCUCCGUUCGGAGCUUGAUAAAUGGGCCUCAUAGUGUACACUCUACAGAGUUUAUCAGCUAGUUGCAGGUUGUGACCUCUGAACCUUUUCAAUACUAUAUCUCCUGUGUACACAGUGAUCAGUGGGAGGAGGGGAGCAUAUAAAAGGCUGUGAGACAGUCAAAGCUUUAAUCUAAGGAAAGAAAGACAAAAGCAACACAAUAAGCCCUCGUUAUGAUGACCCCUGAUGACCUUUCUCUCCUGCUCCCUCGCCCUCGCCUGCAGCAGUUGGCUCGGGAAUGGCUGGCAGAGGAUGCUCCCUGGUUGGAUUUCGCAGGGUGGGCAGCAACUAGAGGAGGCUGUAAGAUUAAUGAAGAAGCCGUGUUACUGUGCAAGUCUCCUGGGGUGCUAGCAGGGGGACCUUUCUUUCAGGCAGUGUGUGAGGAGGUGGGGUGCACUGUAAACUGGCAUGAAACAGAUGGUACAUGGCUCGAACCCAUCACACGUGUGGCAACUGUACAAGGUCGCAUCAAUGACAUACUUAUAGCUGAGCGUCCUGCUCUCAACGCUCUCUCGCGAAUCAGUGGCAUAGCAACACAAGCCAGGGAGGUGACCCAGAGAGCAAAAGCCACUGGUUGGAUGGGUCAAGUCACAGGGACAAGGAAAACCACACCAGGAUUUCGUCUAGCAGAGAAAUAUGCGCUGCUUGUCGGUGGAGCUGGGACGCAUCGAUACGGCAUUAGUGAUUUGCUCAUGUUAAAAGACAACCAUGUGUGGGCGAUGGGAGGAGUCUCACAGGCACUCGCUGGUGUGCGCAGUCUUGCUGGACUCACUCUGAAGGUAGAGGUUGAGUGCCGCUCAUUGGAGGAAGCUUUAGAGGCAGCUGAGGCCGGAGCUGAUAUCAUCAUGUUAGAUAACUUACCUGCCGAGUCCCUACAUGCAGCCGCUCUCUCAGUGAAGACACGUUACCCAGCUGUUAUUGUCGAGGCAAGUGGGGGUAUCUCAUCGCACAAUCUUCUUCAGUUUCUCGGACCUCAUGUGGACAUGAUCUCGAUGGGGUGUCUCACUCAAAGGCCACAGAGCAUCGACUUCUCUCUCAAACUUAAACAAGGCUUGCAAGGCCAAUUCCUGACCCCUGACUCUUGAUCUAAUAAUUUAAUAUCACUUCUCUACCUGUCAAUUGUGUUUGUGUCACUACUUCUCUCUCUAUGUCUCUUCCUCUGCUACUGACUCUCUUCUCAACACCUGACUUACAUCUCUCACUUGUCCCUAGAGUCAGUUUGUGUGUCACAACCUCUCUCUCUCUCUGUUACUCUUCCUCUGCUACUGACUCUCUUCUCAACACCUGACUUACAUCUCUCACUUGUCCUUAGAGUCAGUUUGUGUGUCACAACCUCUCUCUCUGAGUCUCAUGUCUCUUCUUCUGUUACUGAUUCUCUUCUCAACACCUGACUUACAUCUCUCACUUGUCCUUAGAGUCAGUUUGUGUGUCACAACCUCUCUCUCUGAGUCUCAUGUCUCUUCCUCUGCUACUGACUCUCUUCUCAACACCUGACUUACAUCUCUCACUUGUCCCUAGAGUCAGUUUGUGUGUCACAACCUCUUUCUCUCUCUCUGUUACUCUUCCUCUGCUACUGACUCUCUUCUCAACACCUGACUUACAUCUCUCACUUGUCCUUAGAGUCAGUUUGUGUGUCACAACCUCUCUCUCUCUCUGUUACUCUUCCUCUGCUACUGACUCUCUUCUCAACACCUGACUUACAUCUCUCACUUGUCCUUAGAGUCAGUUUGUGUGUCACAACCUCUCUCUCUGAGUCUCAUGUCUCUUCUUCUGUUACUGAUUCUCUUCUCAACACCUGACUUACAUCUCUCACUUGUCCUCAGAGUCAGUUUGUGUGUCACUACCUCUUUCUCUCUGUGACUCUUCCUCUGCUACUGACUCUCUUGUCUACACCUGACAUACAUCUCUCACUUGUCCUCAGUCAGUUUGUGUGUCACUACCUCCCUCUCAUGUCUCUUCCUCUGUUACUGACUCUCUUCUCUACACCUGACUUACAUCUCUCACUUGUCCUCAGAGUCAGUUUGUGUGUCACUACCUCUCUCAUGUCUCUUCCUCUGUUACUGACUCUCUUCUCUACACCUGACUUACAUCUCUCACUUGUCCUCAGAGUCAGUUUGUGUGUCACAACCUCUCUCUCUCUCUGUUACUCUUCCUCUGCUACUGACUCUCUUCUCAACACCUGACUUACAUCUCUCACUUGUCCUUAGAGUCAGUUUGUGUGUCACAACCUCUCUCUCUCUCUGUUACUCUUCCUCUGCUACUGACUCUCUUCUCAACACCUGACUUACAUCUCUCACUUGUCCUUAGAGUCAGUUUGUGUGUCACAACCUCUCUCUCUGAGUCUCAUGUCUCUUCUUCUGUUACUGAUUCUCUUCUCAACACCUGACUUACAUCUCUCACUUGUCCUCAGAGUCAGUUUGUGUGUCACUACCUCUCUCUCUCUGUGACUCUUCCUCUGCUACUGACUCUCUUCUCUACACCUGACUUACAUCUCUCACUUGUCCUCAGAGUCAGUUUGUGUGUCACUACCUCUCUCUCUCAUGUCUCUUCCUCUGUUACUGAUUCUCUCUUCUCUACCCCUGACUUACACCUUUCACUUUUCCUCAGUGUCAGUUUGUGUGUGGUAUUCGUCUGUAUCGUGUUUGCUUCACCGUAUCUGUUCUCACAUAGGGUUGGACAGUUUGAGCACUGGGGUGCCGCUUCCCAAUAUUGCUGGCCAGGGCAUCCCCUAUGAUGGACUCUCCAUACACAUCAGUACUGAUAGUUUUUGUUUGCAUUGAUACAAUCAGUUUUCUAUGAAAGGUAUUGCCCUCUUGUUAUAUGUAAUAAAGUUAUGUUAUACUUC